AUGGCUUCAACUCGGGAGAACCCUAGCCGAAAGGGCAAAUAUCGAUGUCGCGUGGCAGGAUGCGAUGCCGUGUUUGAUUUGAAAUACCAGAAAAACCUUCACGUGGCAUUUGCCCAUAAUGACCAAUCUCAACCUCAAUCUCAACCUCCUCCACCCAGCACUUCCAAUGCUCAUUUAAAUGGCAAUACCAAUGGAAAUAUCCAAAAUAAUAUACCUACCAACCCGGUUGUUACCAGUGGCUGGGCAGCCAUCAAUAAGCAACCCAGACCAGCACCCGUUAUCCCUGCCUGUCAUACUACCACCAACAACCAAUUCCGUGCUAUGAAUCAAACAGCGCCUAAACAAUAUCAAAGUCCUUACGCAUCUCAAACCCCACUACCAGUACCAGUACCAGCUCCAGCUCCAGCACCAGCUCCAGUACCAGCCCCUCAACCCCAACCUGCACCACCUCACAUUCAAAUCCCCCAGCAACCUCAAUUUUCCAGACCAAAAACCUACCAAUCACCCUACGCACCACUCCCCUCCCCCUUACCCAGUCUCCAAACCCAUGACACCCAAAACUCCCCCUCCAUCGAGGACUCACGCCCCAAAACCCCAGGAUCCCCCACCUCAGAACCCAUCACACCAAUCUGCACGCCUCUCCCCUCCGCGCCCUCUUCCCCUCUCUCCUGGGGCGGCUCCCAAACCGAGUUCCGCGGCUCCCAAUCUCCAACACCGUCAGAUUCAGAUACCAUCGAGCUGCUCGCCGAUACCACGCUCAUGUACUAUGAGACGAAGAAAUUCGGUCCGGGAAUGAGGAAGUACGGAUUUCGGUGUCUGGCUUGUAAUGUGACGUAUGGCGAGAGGAGUGAGCUGAGUUUGCAUACGGCGUUUGUGCAUAGGGGUGUUAGGAAGUUGAUGAUUGGCACGAGUAUGUGGGGGACUUGGGAUGUGGAGUUGAGGGAUGAGGGGGGGUACUUGCCGGUUGUUAGGAAUGAGGAGGGGGGAGUGGUGGAUUGGAGGGAUGUUUGGGAUGCGCGGUAG